GUCGUUUGAUGAGUUCAAUCUUUGGUGGAACGAAUAUUAUACGUAUUAUUUUGUUUAAUUUCAAUAAUGUUGUCAUUUAGUACAAAAGUUUUUAUAAAAACAUAUUCAUUUUUAUAAUAGUUAAAUUAUAUUGCUCAAUUACUAUUUGAUUAAGUUUGUAUAUUCAUGUAAAUAUUACUUUAAUGAGUGGAAAUUCUGAAAUUACUUGCUGUUAAUAUCGAUACUAAGUUGCAACGUAAUAUUGAAACGUAAAUGUUGAUAUUUGAAAUUUACCUUAGAUCGGAACUAUCUUGGAUUUAAUUUUUAUUUUUAUCAUUAUCGUUAUUGGUAGAUGUCUAUUGAUGAGAUGAUUAUAUAGUAAUGCAGAAGCAUUUAAGACUAUAUAUAAACAAUUCAAACUUUUCAAUUGAAUUUCUCAUUGUUCCGUAUAAAACGUCUUUUUAACACUGUAAGUUAAUUUCUGUACAUUUAAAAAUUACAAGAAAAUAUGUCAGACAAUAUGCAACGAGAUAAAAAUGAAUUAACAGCCAAAGAAAGGGAAGAAGUAGAAGAAAUGAAGAAAGAACUUUUAGAUAUGAAGAUGUAUGAAACCUGGUAUACUUACAAAGAUAUGAAACAAAUUCUUGGUGUUAUUAAUGAAUCCAAAAAUAUGGCAAUUGCCAAAAGCGAUGAAAAAAAUGUACAGAAGGAGUUAUUACAUUCUACUAAUAAUUGUUCCCGAGAUGUAAUGCCCGAGACAAAUUUUACACAAGAAUUGGAAACACAAGAACAUAAUGAUACAUCUCAGUCAAUACAUUCAUACAGACCUAAUCGUAUAUCUCCAAUACGAGAACAGACAGCUCAUGGCUGUAGCAGUCCUGAUUUUGAACCCACCAAUACUGAAUCAAGAACCUCUAUGUACAGAGGCAAAAACGUAGAUGGUGAAAAUUUAUUUGUUAAAUUGCAAGAUAAUUCAAAUAUGAGAGAUAAUUAUUCUCAUAUUAUAAAUAGAUACGUUCCAUCGAAAUCAAAGAACUCAUUACAAGAUUCUAAUAUUAUGCAUAGUAUAGAAAUGAAAAUGGAUACGCAUUCUGAAUGCGAGCAAAAAUUGGAAAGAUGGCAAAUUAAUCCUCUUGAUUCAUAUGUUAGUGAAAAUGAUGUGCCUUUGCAAGAACCAAAUAGGCCUGUAGGUCCAGAUCGCAUGCCAUUUAAAUUAUGCAAAGAAGCACAAGCACCUGAGAUGCUUGACAAACUAAUACAUGCACUAAACAUUCAUUUGAAACAAACGGCAGACUUGUGGCAUAGUUGGCACCGUACUACCAGUACUAAGUUUCAGUGGGGGUCACCCAUUCAGGUGGGCCUUGCUAAAGAUAAUUCGGAUAAAAAAUCAUUAUCAGAUAUUAUAACUGAACAGGAUCAAAUGGAGUGUACAAACAAAUAUAAUAAUGAACGAUCUAAUAAACGUAAAUCAACUUUGAUUUUGUCUUCUAAUAUAGAACAAUGUAGCGACGAUGAAGAUGAAAAAAUAGUUAAGAAACAAAAAAUUCGAUCACAUGAAGACACAAACAAAGUAUCGCAUUUAUACAAAGAUGUAUGCACUGUUGUCAACAUCGAAAAUGAUCAAAAUUUAAACAAUGAUAAUUUUAACAAAGAUUCGGAUAAUAUAGAAAUUGAUAAUUGUAAAACAGAACCUAGAAGAAAUACCGAAGAGCGUUUAUCACCGGAAUUAGUGUUUUCAUAUCCACGAAGAAUCGCGCCUCCGAAUGUUAGAAAAAAUAUUAAUAAGAAAAAGGAACAUACUACUAAUAUAUCGCCUACAUGUUCAUUAACACAUGUUAACAAUGAGAAACAAAGUGCCAUAAGUUUAAUAUCCAAAGAGAAAAAUAAUAUACUUAGCGACGAAGAAAUUCUUAUAGAGUUAGAAAAAGAUAAUGUUAAAGCAUCAGAGAAUAUAGAAAUUAAACCACUACCAAUGAAAGGUCUUUCGCGAAGAAUAAAGAAUCAAUGUAUAGUUUUGGAGAAAAUUCAGCUGGAAAAACAAAAAAAAUUAGAAAUUGAAAAAGAAGAAGCUCAGAAGAAAGAAAUCGAGGAAAGAAGAAAGAGAGAAGAAUUUUAUAAAAAGCAAAUAAUUGAAACACAAAAAAAGGAAAAACAGAAAGAAGAAAUAGAAAAAUAUAGAGAAGAAAGAAGCAAGAAAUGGAACAGUGUAGUAGACAUGAAGUCUCAAAAGAAAGUUAACAAAGAUCAAGGAAAAUCACAGAAUAUGCAAGAUGAAAUGAGCCUCUCAGAAAGAGUAGAAGCAACUAGAUUGUUUCAGGAGAGUAGUACUUUUGUAAACAGAGAGAUAGAAAUUAUAGAAAAUGAUUCAACAAGUAAUGUAAACUGCCCCAUAUGUAACAAAUCUUUUCCAACUGAUCAAAUAGAAACACAUGCUGCUGGAUGUGAACAAUAUAUGAUUGAAAAUGAAUGUGCAAAUAGUUCUCAUUUAAAAAAUAAAGCGAUACCAAUGAAUAGUAAAAAUUCUGAAAUUCUUGAAUGUAAUGUGUGUUCAAAGUUUAGAACAACUAAUGGAAUAGAUUAUGAGGAUCAUGUUAAUAGCUGUUUACAAAGACAUGAAGAUCAAUCGAUUCAUGAACGUACAAGCACUGACGUUAUCAACGUCCCUAAUUCACCCAUUCGUUGUUAUCGACCAAUUAGUGAACAAACAGAUUCAUAUAUAGAUUAUAGAAAACAGUUUAAUUCAAAUAAUAAAACACACGCACGUUCUAGUAAAAAAAGGAAACGUUAAUAAAUACUAUUUCUGUCUUUAAAUUGACAGCUAUUGUACAUAUGUAUUUAUACGUUGAUAGCAAACAUUGGGUAUUGCUGUAAUGAUGCUAUUAUGUCAUUUACAUAAA